AUGUUGAAAUUGACUAAUGGUCAUGGGUCAAUGUUUCCUCUCCUGUUAUCAUGCCUAUGUUUUCUCAACUCGUUUGGCUUUGUAGUUUGUGGUUUCACAAGCUCAUUCAUCCGAACACAGUGGCCAGCAAAAGAUAUACCUCUAGACAAUGAAGUGUUUGCUGUUCCAAAGGGUUAUAAUGCACCUCAGCAAGUAAUAGAGCCAUUCCCUGGCCACGAUUUAUAGCAUUUUUGAAGAAUGUUUUUAUGUAAAUUUCUUAAAAUUUUAUUGCUCCUUUUCUUGCCAAAUAUGUUGCUAUUAUACUGAGCUUUUUGCCAAGUACUUUUCUGCCUCACACUGAUUAAAUGGAAACGUUUCUGGUGAUAGCUAUCAAUGGCACGAGCUUUCCUUAUCUUUUGGUUGAAACAUUUGGAUUCUCAUUUAGAAUGUAAAAACUUAGUUUGAGCAUUUGUGGACAAUCUUAUCCUGCUUUACAACCAUUGUCUUCGGUUUGGUGGGUAUUUAGUUGUGUUACAAGGUAGGUAGUAUCUGUUUGUGCUGAUCUUGGGGUGUCUGGCCAUCUUCCAUACAGCAUUUAAAGAACCUAGAAUCCAUUUAGGGUCAAGAUCAGGACUGUCAACGACUGGUGUAGCCAUUCAAUGAUGACCAUUUCCAAAAACUUACUUUUCCAUCUCUCCAAAUGGACACAAUUCCUUGGCUUCAUGCUCAGGGGAGGUUCAUUUCUUUCAUUGGGAUAAUGCAGAAUCAUUUCAUUUUUGGGAACGUUAGGAUGCUCUAAAAAAAGAUAGCAAAAAAGUUUAUUUAGGCAUCCAUCUGCUUGUGCUAUAUUACCAACUCGCAACCAUUUCUGAUCCCUUUGACAUCCGUUAAAAAAAUUAGCAUGGUGAAACAAUGCUGUAUGUUGACGAAAUUCUUUUCGUUUUGCAUGCUGUAAUUUCAUUUCUUAGGAGUUUCCCUAGUUUUGGUAAGACUCAUGUAAAGGAUUUCUUAUACCUAUUUUUCUUUAGCACAUACUUUACGCUAUUCCAGAUUACUUCUUACAUUUCUGCGCUAACCUUUUGGUUUAUAUUUGGUCUAGGUACAUAUAACCCAGGGUGAUUAUGAUGGAAAGGCUGUUAUAAUCUCAUGGAUAACAUUUGAAGAACCAGGCUCUAAUAAAGUGCUAUACAGUUCUGUAGAACAUCAAUAUGGCCAUACAGCAGAAGCGAAAGUUCUGAACUAUACAUAUUUCAACUAUAAAUCUGGCUAUAUUCAUCAUUGCCUUGUUGAUGGUUUGGAGGUUUGUCAGCUAUAAUUGCAAUAUGCAAAUUUCUCAAGAGAUUCGAAUUUUUUUUAUCGAGGGUAGAUUUCUCGUUAUCUUAUUCUUAUUGAUUAGUACGUUCAUCCAACUCUUAUUAUUACUUGAAGCCUAUAGAAAAUCAUAUUGAGACAAGUAACCACCUCAAAAGAUGAAUAGCGGUUUUCUUCUUUCAUUGGCAACAAAUUUAGUUAUGCAUUUGUCAGAAUGGUUUGGCGUGUGUAUAUGAAUGGUUGGAAAGGAGAAUAUCUGUUGGACCUGGGGGGAUGGAAUGGUUGCAGUGGUUACAAAUCAAUUGGGAUAUUCUGGAUAUAGAGAAAAUCUAGAAUAAGGAAAGAUUAUGAUAUACCAUUUUUCUUGUAAGCCAGGGAGACAGAAUAUGACAGCUAAGGAAGAAUGAUAGAGGCGCAUUAUAAUGUAUUUCUUCAAAUCCUCUGUAGCCCUAUGACACCACAUCUGUGUGGGAUUAUUCACUUAUUCAGACAUAAAGAUAAAUUUGUAUGUUAAUAUUUAUUUUUAAGCUAUCAAGACAAUUCAAUUAUUUUUGACUAAAUAUGUAACUUUAGCACAUCAGAUGUUUUCUAGUAAAUUUACACGAGUGACGGUAACCGAAUCGUUGAGUGGCAACAGCUGUGUUCUAUGGGGUUUCUUUUAAACCUGUCGUAGAACCACAAGAGUUUUGUUCGCAAGAUGGCUGCUGUUACCUUAUCAAUAAUGUUCUUGUUUAUAACCUUGACUGCGUCAAGAGUAGACUCUUGAGAUCUUCUCUUGUUUAACUUUUACUGUCCAAAUCACUUGCAUGCUUCCUCAAGUUCUGAGACAAUUAAUUGGAGAAAGAUCGAGCUUGAUAAUGUUUCCUUCAUUUUAAAUUUAAAUAAGGUCUCAUGAUCAUUGCUGGCCCUUUUGUUUCUGUCUUUUUGGUAACCUUAUCUUAUUAGCUUCAAAUUGUUAGCCUAUUAACUUUCAUAAAAAAACUUUUCAAGUGUUUCUGUAUGAUAACUUGAUCUGCAACGACCAACUUUUUGAAUCUAGUUUUCAGCUAACAGAAAAUGGAUCGAGAUGAAAUUUCAGAUUUUUCUUGUCACCCAACAUGCGGUGAUAGCCAGAAAAUUUGUAAUUUUUUGUCUCCAUUGAACUAAAACGUAUUUAGUUGGUGUAUAUUUUUUAUUUGGUCCCAAGCUUGACAGGAAGACUAACUUUGAAACCUUAUUUUGGAUACCUUAAUCAGCUGACUGGAAAGGUGUGUAAAAUGUUACCCAGACGUGUUAUUUUGAUAUAAGGAAACCCUGGAGAAAGAUGGAGAUUUCUGUUUGUUGAAUGAGGGAUUAGAGAAGUAGAACCUCGAAUAGAAAUAUUUGAGUCAAGGAAGGCCUUAAAUAUACGGGCAAUUACAAUGUGAGAAAGAAAUGAGAAAGAGACAGUUACAAGAAAGAAAGAGUAGUGCAGGAUGGGCUGAUGGCAUAUAGUCCAAUACUGUUUAAUUAAGAGCUUGAAGUCAUGAGUUCAUUUAAUUAUUGAGGAUUACUAACAACAAACCAUUGGAUGAAUUCAUUAGAUUUAUUUAAGUUUUUUGACAGACUAAAUCCAUUAUCCGAAAUAUAAUUGGAUUCUUGAUUAGAUGUCUUUUCUAUGGUAAUGGGUGGUAAAUAUUAUUUUAGAAUACAGAACUAAAUAGGCAUAAAGAUUGCACAUGUAUAUUCAUAUUCCACAAAUCUUACUUUACUUCGAGAGGAGAAUCCCUUGUUUAUCCUUACCCCUUGUUUAUCCUAUAUAAGAAGAAAUAGAUUCUGCUUUAUUACACACAUCAACCCUCAGUAAACAUUCUGCCCCAUAUUGUGUGCGCUACAUUAGUGGAUGAGAUGUUAAUAAAUGGAUAGCGAAAUGUCUACUUUAUAUUAGUGUAAUGGAGGGGGAAAAGGUUUUUUCGUUUGUACUUCAUCAAAUAAUUGCCUACAUGAGAUUAAGAGACUGUGAGAUAGAGCUCCAAAGGACCUUGGUUGACAGCCAAAACUGUUAAAAGGUGGUGAGCCUGAGUUUGAAGAACUUCAGAGAAAGGGAUCCACUUUUCUUUUUGCUUGAGGUUGACUCUACCUUCUUUUUCUUGUGUUUUUACAGUAUAACGCAAAGUACUACUACAAGAUAGGGUUGGGUGAUAUAACUCGAGAAUUUUGGUUUCAAACUCCUCCAAAAGUCGAUCCUGAUUCUUCAUACAAAUUUGGUAUAAUAGGUAAUUAUUAUCCCUCAUCUGUGGCUUAGGUUUCGGACUUCAUGUGCCACUAUCUGCAUGGAAAUUGGUCAAAUCAGCCAUCCUUGACUUAAGCAUCUAUAUAAUGGCAGUUAAGCAUGAUGACAAUUCAUAAAAUCUUGGUGCUAGGAAUCUGGAUGUCUUGGCCCUAAAAUGGGCCACAACGCCAUUUUCCUUUCUCUUGAAUGCAGAUUCAUAGUUUCGGAGCAUGUUCCUAUGUCGGUGCACUCAAACUCCAUAUGGUGUUUAUUAAAUAUUUAGAUCAGCAUUAUUCUUCUUCUGAUCGUUGAUGUAUCCAAUACCCAUAUAAUUCUUUAUUUUUCUUCACACAUCAUUUCUCAGUUUUUUCAGUUUAUACUGGAAAAUCUCGUGUUCUUUAAUAAUUUUGAAUCGUCAAUAGAGUAGCAGAAACCACAGAAAGGUUUCUUUGUAGAAAUACGUCAUGCCGGUAGAAUAUUUCAUUGCUGCUUUGAUGCUCAAAAGCUUAGAAAUCUCAUUCUAAGCUAAUCCAAACCUACAGGUGAUUUGGGCCAGACGUUUAAUUCCCUUUCCACUCUGGAUCAUCACAUGAAGAGUGGAGGACAGGCUGUCCUAUAUGUUGGAGACCUCUCAUAUGCUGAUAGAUACCAGAAUAAUGAUGGCACUCGCUGGGAUUCCUGGGGUCGCUUUGUUGAGCGUAGUGUUGCGUUCCAAGCCUGGAUAUGGAGUGCCGGUAACCACGAAAUAGAAUACCGCCCUGAUCUGGUAAUUCUCUCUCUAUAAGCGUGUUGAAAAUGUGUCUUACUUCACAUAUUUAAUUCAGAUGGUUUUUUCUGAACAGUUGAUGUUUUUACAAUGCUGCUGACAACUGGAGUUUUGAUUGUUAUGUCUUUUUUGGAACACAUUAGAUUGCUAACCCAAGCGUAGGGCUACAGUAUAUUUCAAAUAUUAUGCAGAAAAUCUGACCCAACUAGUCAUCUUGUCAUUCGGUGUACCCAUUUAGGAAGACCUCAACCCUCUGUGAAUGGGUUCUUGGUUUUUAACUCUUUUGACCAAUUUGAUGCUGGUAAUAACUUUAAAACUGUUGAAUAUAUGCAAUACUCCAUUUUGUGAAUGGAUAUAUUCUUCUAUAUUCCUCUUUGCCCCAACCUGUGGUCAUGGACUAGACUGUUGAAAUAUAGUAUGUUCUGUAGAGCUAUGUCAUUCUCCAUGGAAGCUUCUAAUUUCAAAAUUGAUUUCUGUCACACUUAAUGUUCUCAAAUCAGUCAAUCCUUUUUUCCAGACUUUGGACGCGGAUCCAUUAUCUCCUGAUUUCUAUAUCUUACAGGAAUAUUGAAAAUUCACCUCACUUGACUAAUUUAAGGCUAGAUUAAGGAUCAGCGAGAAAUUGGUUGGUCCAACUGAUCUCACUUAGCUUUCUGCAGUAUUUGCUGCAAUAACAAUAUUUCUGGGAAACGUUGAGUCUGAGUGAGAUAAGAUCAUACUUUUCGUAAUGUUGUAGCUAUGUCGUCAACAAUGGACUACUGCUACAAGUCUGACCCGACCUCACUCGGAUUCACCUGUUCCCAGUAUAACUGCUGCUAUCAAAGAACCUGGACUAGCUGCAUCUACAGCUAGCCUGUAGAGGGUAUAGGAAGAAGAGCAGAGAGUGAACGGUGGAAAAAGGAAAGGUAGAAGGAGCAUGGAAAAGAAAAUAGAUUUGGCCCAUGAGGACCAUUAGUGGCUCACUGUUCUCAGCUCCUCUCCCAGAGGUCCACUCUGAACGAGCUGCCCCAUUUAGGCAAGAAAGGGCACUGAGGUCAGGGAAGGGCAUUGACUAAGUAUUGAAUUACAUUGAAAAGCCCUUAUUUAAAAAUUAACCACUCUUAUAGCCUCUUUUGCUAAAACCAUUUGCGCAUUACUUAUAACUUGUACAUGUUGUGUUGUUUGUCUUUUUCACUUGAUGAUUAUUCCCCAGACUGGCUAAUCUGACAUGCCUGAUUCUGAUCCGGAUUACAUCAGCACUGGCUGGCCAGUUUGGGGAUACGAUCCAAUUCCGUGUAUCCUGGUCGCAGUAUGAUUUGGAAGGUUACUGACCCUCUCUGGAACUUGUUGAGAAUCUUAUGUCUGGCCGGAGCUGGUCUCCAUUGGCCAACUGUGGCUGCUGGAUCAGAUUUGGUCUGCCUCUUUUCAAGACUAGAUCUGAACUGGCUAUGUGACUAUGGAGAUAGAUUAUCUGCAUUCCUUUAUUUUCUGACUUGAACUUUUAUGAAAGGGUGCAAGUAGAAGUUUGGUUUGUAACAUUUUUCUCUCUAAUUAAGAUUUAUAUAAUGAAUAUUUUCACUUUUCUGCACUAGUGUGAUCAAAAUCCUCUCAUCCUCCCAAGGAAAAAGACAUUUUUUUAGCAUGAUGGCUACCUUACAGCUAUAUAUCUUCUCUUCCUUGUUACACCGGUCUGGCUAAUUCAUGACUGUCUCUGGUUGAUUGUUUCUUUUGUGACUCAGUUGAGGGCCUGCACUCAGUAUAUAAAUUAGUCAUUAUACACAUGAGAAUCGUAUUUGGCUGUGCAUUGUGUGUUUCUGGACAUGUUACUGCAGCAGAUACUUUUAUCUAAAAUGUAACCCAAAGUGGUCCUGGAAAUGCACUAAAAUUUACUUUUCCCAUAGAUUGUUCAAUUGGAUUGAUCUAGAGGCUCAAUCCAAUUCGAAACCCAGAACCAGGGAUCUCAACUGAUUUUGCAUGCUUGGAUGACAUUCUUGCCAUUAUCUUCUAAAGACAAGAACCUCGGGAUGCCGUUCUUCACUGUAUCCCCUCUAUCUACAGAAGUGGCCUGAUAGGUGGCAGGGAUGGGUUGAACACAGCAUCUUCCACUUCUUUCUUGUUGCACGAAACAUUUCACGUUCUUUGCAUCUUCCUUCUCAUCCUCAGAUGAUCUUCUAUCCUUUUUAUGCGAGGCUGACUUAUUCAACUGGACUGCUUCAAAUGUUUAAAGUUAACUAUCUUGUAACGGUAUGUUCGAUGUGGACAGACAUGCCUAGUGGUUCAUCAAGAUGUAAAUACAAUAAGGAAUACCAGGUUUCAAGAUAUCAAUUCUCUGGCCAGAGCAUGUGUACACAUUUGUGGCAUUCUUUUUUGAGUCCCUUGAUAAAACCUCUCCUUCCAUAUCCCAUUCUCUGUGACAUCAUUUUUGUUACUUCUUGUGGUGAUAAAGAUAAUCUCUUGGAUAGCUUGUAUAGUUUUUUCUUUCGAAUAUUCGAGGUGAUUCUCGGUGAUUAUCGAACUAAUUUAUUCUAAUGCAUAUUGCUCUAGUUAUUUCAUUCGCUUGCUAUACCCUACAGUUAUCUGGCAACAUAUUUAUAUUAUAAUGCCUUUCUGGCUUUUCGAAAUACUAGGGAGAGCCAACUCCUUUCAAAGCUUAUUUGCAUAGAUAUGCGACACCUUACAUGGCUUCAAAGAGCAGCUCUCCUAUGUGGUACGCAAUCAGACGUGCAAGUGCUCACAUCAUUGUCCUCUCCAGCUAUUCGCCCUUUGGUAAUACUUCUUUCCGUUGUAAAUGGUGAAUAUUUGGCUGCAUUUAAUACGAUGAAGCCUUGCUCUUUGGUGCUUCAGUAUGUGGUCUACAUGGAUUCUGGUCAUUUGAUCCCCCCUCAUAUGAGUAAUUUUCAUAUGCAUGUGGUACAUGCAUUAUAUAUUUGGCUUUAAUUCUAAGUGUAUCAGAUAUUUUAGUUUGAGAAAUGGUACCAUUUUUUUUAGUUGCCUUUUUUUUAAAGAGGAUCACCCCACCCCGAUUGCUACAAAGUUUCUUCAACCUUUUACACAACUUUUAAUGCAAAAAUGAAAAACAUGGCGUCAUGCCAUUUAAAAAGUUACACCUACGUGAUUUUCUUUAUUUGCGUGAAGAAGAGCAUAAAAUUCCAAUUGUGGCCUAGCCUUUAAGAUUCUUAGAUGGUCCACUUGGGAGUCCACUGUUUGACCCCAUAAUUACUUAUUUGCUAGAACAAGUUUGAAGGGUCUAUUCAGACAUACAUCCUGAGCCCUUCCCAUGUGAGGCCUACAUUAAAAAUCCGUUUGAUCUAUUGUUAAGUCUUCGACUACUGACCUUUCUUAUUUGAGACAUUCAUCAUCUUCAACAGUGAAGUACACCCCCCAGUGGUUAUGGCUACGUAGCGAACUCAAGCGAGUGGAUAGAGAAGAGACACCUUGGCUGAUUGUCAUCAUGCAUUCUCCGAUGUACAACAGCAAUGAAGCUCACUACAUGGAAGGUGAAAGCAUGCGAGCUGUCUUUGAAAAGUGGUUUGUGCGGCACAGAGUCGACCUUGUCUUUGCUGGGCAUGUGCACGCCUAUGAAAGAUCGGUAUUCUUCAUAUCCAUUACCUCAAUCCUUUUGUUGAUAUGUGGCCCCUUCGCAUUUUGAUCUACAUGGUAUUAAACUUACUUUCGAGUGGAAUAUUUGAUUUCCCUAUCAUGAAGGAAAAAGCAAUAUGAAUAGAGAACUAGCAAGCUUCAUGAGCAAGUCUAGGUCAGUUUGGCCCCUGAAAUGUGGUUACAAUGUGAAGACUUCACAGGAUUUCUGCAUUUAAAGGAUUUUCCAGUCCUGUCUCUUGAAUCCUAGGAUCCAGAACAUUCCGCACAUUAUACCAUUUAUUAGUAUUUAUAAUAUUGCAAUAAAUUAAUGGCAUCCUUGCCCAUCAAUCUCGACUGAAUGACCUUGGUCUUAGUCAUUAUCCAACAGAAGCCUCUCGUUCUACUGGAUGUUGCCAGAAGUUUGUAUUUAGCCUGUGUAGUCCAUUUAAAGAUUAGCUACAGCAGCCCAUAAAUAGAAAAAGAGGAUUACUAUCCAUUCAUUUAUAUUCCAUACUUUGUGGGCAGGCCAAGAACAGUUACUAGAAAUGUUUGUCAUCAUGCCAUCAUGCUCUCUUACUCUACAGAUCGACUCCUUUGCCAAGAAGUGCAGAAUCUGGCUCUAGAGUGGAAUUAAAUCCACCAAAACGAGUAGAAUAUCUUGUAGAUUAUCUUCCUGGAGUAGGGUACUUCAUCAUGAACCCAGACUUUAUUUGGGCUGCCUGUCGUCACGUAUCCUCAUUGGUGAGAAUUUCAGACUCAGAUGUUGUGUCCAAUUUCAGACUUGGACUGGAAUUUCUUCUUCACAACGUGGUGCUUGACACAACUGGAAUUCGUACUGGAUUCUUUCAUUUCUUUUUAUAUUUCAGAGCAUAUGACAAUAUUUUUUUGCACAUGAAUGUGAGCACACAGGAAUAAAAUCCUAAACCGUGCCCUAGAUUUCCCGCGAUGAGCUUUUUAUAUAAUUAAUUCUAUUUCAUCGCAGUUAUCAUAUUUUCAACGGCACCAUUUUCUUGCUUUCUUUUUGGAGUUUACCCGUUGAUUUGGGGCUUUGCUUGCAGUAUCUCGUCUCUAAUGUUAACUAUAAUAUCACGAAUGGGGAUAGUUUUCCAGUGCCCAACAACCUAGAGAAUUCUUUCAUUUCUCCACAUAUUUCAUAGUACACUAGCUUUUCUUGGACACGAAUCUGAGCAAUCACGAACACAAUCAAAACCGUGACAUAAAUUUCCUCUUUGGAACUUCUCAUGCAAUUAUUUAUUUUGCAGAAUACAUUUUUCCCUAGUGAAUUUUCAUCGGUGCUGUUUGUUUUCGUUUCAUGGGAUUUACUUCUUAUACUUUGCAUUUUUCUUGCAGUAUCGCAUCUCUAAUGUUAAUUAUAAUGUCACGAAUGGAGAUCGUUUUCCGGUGCCCGACAAAUCAGCCCCGGUGUACAUCACCGUUGGGGAUGGCGGGAACCAGGAAGGUCUUGCUGGAAGGUAAAUAGACGCGAUUCAGAAGCGGAUCACGGUGGUCUUCUCGAUUUGACCCACAUGAUUUGAGCUGAUGCUCUUCAUUAACCAACUGUAUAUCUCGAUGCUACAGGUUUCUCAGCACGCAGCCAGAGUAUUCUGCAUUCAGGGAGGCCAGCUAUGGCCAUUCAACCCUGGAACUGAAGAACAGGACCCAUGCAUUUUAUCAGUGGAACCGAAACGAUGAUGGAGUCCUUGUGCCAACAGACUCUGUUGUGUUUCUGAACCAGUAUUGGUGA